AGGUCAACUCAAUUCAAUUGAGACGAAAAAUGUUUUUAAGAUUGAAAAAUAUUGUACGCAUACUUCAAUUUCCCCGAUGUCUCCUUCUGCAUAUGUUGCUCCCAUUGUCGACUCUACCUCCUCCUUCAAAAGCGAUAUUUUUGCAGGGAAGGUUCUCUUCUGUACUGGGGGGGCGUCCGGGAUAUGUCGAGGAAUGACUGAGGCGAUAAUGCGCCAUGGAGCCAACGCAGUUAUAAUCGGACGAAGGCUGGAUCGACUCGAACAAACAUCUAAAGAGCUGUCUGCCGCAACUGGCAGGACUUGUAUACCAGCUCAAGCGGACGUCAGACAACCCAAUUCCCUGAAAGAGGCCGCCCAAAAGGCGAUCAAUGUGUUUGGAAGGAUUGACUUCGUUAUAUGCGGUGCUGCUGGCAAUUUCAUGGCUCCGAUAUCUGGGCUUUCAGAAAAUGCAUUCAAGACCGUAAUCGAGAUUGACACUCUUGGUACCUAUAACACCGUUAAGGCGACGAUCCCGCAUGUUCGUGUGACUAAAGGGGCAUACAUCUCAGUUAGUGCCACUCUCCAUUACAAUGCCACUCCGUACCAGGUACACGUCUCUGCCGCGAAAGCUGCAGUAGAUGCAUUAUCGAAUGUCCUAGCCGUUGAGGAAGGACCUCACGGGGUACGAUCAAAUGUGAUUGCUCCCGGCUUCAUAGCGGGCACAGAGGGAUUUGAUAGAUUGUCAAACAAGAAGGACAAAUCCCAUGGCUUCUCUGCUCCCCUAGGUCGAUUUGGAGAUGUGAAAGAUGUUGCCAAUGCAGCCGUUUUUUUGUUUAGUGAUGCGGCUUCAUACGUUACGGGCCAAGUGAUUCCCGUCGAUGGGGGAUCAGAGCAUCUCAGGGGUACGUUCUUCCCUUAUCCACAAUCUGUUCUUGAUCCCACGAGCAUGCAAAAACUCAUGAAAGGGAAGCUAUGAAUAACGAUGUAGAACAAUAUAGAGUUGACGAGAAAUAAAUUUGUAUCGAUAUUCCUACCUGAA